ACCUUCACCAUCAACCACCGCAAUACACCAACUGUUUUAAUUUUUGGCUCCGACCUCAGCUUAUUUUAUUGCAGCGCCGGAGCUACUAUGGCGAACCUGUUCCGAAACUUGUUCGGCCACAAGAAGAGCCACAGCAAAGGAGACGAGGAUCAUGAGAAUAUGGACCGCGACACAUCCCGCCGAUCAAUCCGAGCAGCUCCGUCCUCUUCAUCGCGAUCAAUGGCUCGCGGAGCCCGUUUCCAAGAUGACAGUAUGCUCCCACCAACCGCCGCCUAUCACACCCAAAAUGCGUCGGCUCGUGUCCGGCGCGGUCCCAAGAGUUGUCCCGGAGAAUAUAUCGAGGAAGAAGCCCCAAGCAGCAGCCGCUCCUUCAACGUCGACUCAUUCCGCCGCGAGCCACGAGAUCAACGCCGGCGGAGCAGCAACAUGGUGCAAUCCACCUCGAAAAUGACGUCAUCAAGCUCUUCCCGAGCAGCGCCCAGGUAUCAACAGUGGGAGACGUCAGAGUACGGAAGUGAGAACACGUCGCCGAUCGGCUAUCACCGGCACUAUCAGCAUCGGCGGCACCAUCCGGAAGAGGAGGAGGACGAGGAGGAGGAUGAAGAGGAGGUCUAUAAGAAAUCGAUGAGAUAUCAGGAUUUGAAGAAGAAAAUUCGAGCUCACUACGAGGAGAGACUGUUUAAUUAUGAGAGAACGCAGAGAAACGACCAUCGGCAGAUUAAAGAGCUCGAGAAGGAGAAGGAUGACCUCGUGAAAAUGUUGUUACAGUCGAAUGCGAAGCUGGAUAAGGAGAAGAAGAAAACCGAGUAUUUUAAGCGGAAAUGGCAAGAAGCUGAGCAUAAAAUCCCGUUUGGAAAUCCCAUAAUGCCCCAGUUCGGAUUCCCACCGGCCACUCCACAAUUCCCGCAGAUGUUCCAGUUUCAGCCGAAUUCUGGGGGCUCCGCGCAGAGGUACUCUUUCAUGGGGGCACCUAUGCAUCCGAUUUCCUCUUCGAACACUCCAACAACGUCUGGAAUGGAUACGACUCAUGGGGGAGCUGGCGAAUCCCUAGUCCCAGCAAGUGACGUCAGCUACCUGGCUCCACUUGUUCCGGCUCCGCCAACCCUUCCACUUCUAGAACUCAAUACAUCUCAAGGCCCAUCAACUUCUGGAAUUUCACAGCAAAAUCCACAACAAUCGAGCUCAAGCUUCUUCCAUGAUGAUGAUGAAGAUCAGGAUGAGACGAAGAACUUCCGUGAUGAGGAAAUCGAGUCUCCAAGGUGUCAUGGCUCGACGAGCACACUGAAAAAUGAUGAAGAAGCUGCUGAGCUCUCGGAUUUCCUGAGUAAAUCCAAUUUGACAACUCUUGAAGAGGGCAAGGACUCCGGCUUCAGCACGACUCCAGACGACGCCAAAGAGCCCGAAAAAGUUGCAGCUAAUUAAUAACGUUUCCCCAACAGUUUCUCCCCCCGAUUACACGUGUAAAAAUCCUAUGGACUUUCGAAAUUAUUCACUUCACCGAGUUCUAAUAUUUAAUUUAUUGAUUUUUCUUUGAACUUUUCAUAUUUUAAUUAAUUUAUUAUAUAAAGAUUUUUAAUUAAUUCAAA